AUGUCACUGGUCAUACCUGACUCGCCUACCCGGAUUUUGCGCUUUUCUAGGUCUGAUAAACCCAAAUCAUUUGUGCUUCUCCAUGUCGCUCGCACUGGAUCUGUUCCUCUGGAUUUGGAUAUUGUUGCUACAGAGGGAGAAAAUCCUUACACUGGCACGGUACGACAAGUGCAUUUAAAGGAAUUACGUGCAAAGAAUUAUCAAGGUAGCGACGAGGAGUGGCCCCAUGUUGUGUCGCAUGUUUUUGGCCAGUUGUCGGAAUCAGCUGAACACUUGAGAUUGAGCUCGCUAUCUGGCAUUGAAGCAAUGGCUAGUAUCACUAGAUCUGGUGACCAGGCCAAGGAAUUAGUUAUUACUGUCCGGAAAAGGAUAGAGGGUAUAACCCAAAGGCUUGGCUCCGUGGUUCUCCGUCGAAAUGAUGAGCAAGAAAUUCAACUCUAUGAUUGGUCUGCCAUGACGGUGUCCAGAGCGGAUGCCAUUGAGCAGCGCUGCCACUUGCUCUGGGAUCGUUGUUCCGCCGCCGAAAACAUGGUCAAUCAACUUAGGAAUCAAAUCGAACAAUUAGUUAAAGCUAAAGUCCACCAUGAGGAGCAGGUAAUGGCAAAUGUUGUCCAUCUGCUGAAUGAAAAGAAACUCAAAAUUCGUAAUCAACGUCGGCUUUUGGAUUCUGCAAAACUAGACCACCCAAAAGUUUUCAAGUACGGGAGAGCAACACCUGAUAACCAUCAGGCUUACAAUGAAAAAAGCAUGAGCAGAAAGCAUAAUUCCAGGGAAACCAGCGACAGUGAAUCUGAAAAUGAAGAUGCAUUUGAAAGAGUGGAGGUUGAUCCUCAUGCAUAUGGGGGAAAUAGCAUAGAAAUGGACAAAGGGAUAAACAACGAGCAUUCUUCGUACUCCCAGGCAUUGAAGGAGACAGGUGAUAAUACCACUGAUGGCAAGUUGUCAGCAAUUCGUUCCCAAUCGAUCAAGGGGAAUAAUGGGAAGAUGAAACAACAUGUCAAUACUAAAAGCUCACUGGAGCAUAUUUCAAUGAAUGCUUCGACAGCCCCUCCACAAGUGAUCAGCGGAAUACAAAACCAAAAAAGCACACAAAGCAAUGAUUAUUUCACAGAGACGGCUGGAGAAACAGACGAUGAUGAAUUAUGA